AUGGCAACCAAAAACCAUGAAGCAUCAAUAAAAAGCCUAGAGAGGCAGAUCGGGCAAAUCUCCAAGCAAAUUUCUGUUGCGAGACCUUCAAGCUCACUGCCCAGUGACACAAUCGCAAAUCCUAAGGAGGAAUGCAAGGCAAUACAAUUAAGGAGUAGGAGAACAUUGAUGAGCAACAAUGACACUACAAAGAAGCAAGCAGAAAGCAUCAAAGAACCGAUAGAGGAUGAGAAGCAAACAAAGGCAGAUGAAGCUAAGGAGCAAUUUGUGAGGCCAAAUAAAAGCACUGAGAAAUUCAAAGAGAAGGACAACCAGCCACAGAGUUCAAGGGAAAUGACUCAGGGACAGCAGCAAUCAGAAAAGAGCAUCACAUCUCCACUGCCAUAUCCUCAGAGAUUCAAAAAAGAGGCUAAGGACCAGCAUUUCCACAAGUUCCUUGAGAUCUUCAAUAAGCUAGAAAUCAAUAUCCCCUUAGCCGAAGCACUUGAGCAAAUGCCUCUCUGGGAUGAGAAAGAAACCGUAUCACUCACUGAAGAAUGCAAAGCCUUGAUUCAAAAAGGGCUUCCUCCUAAGCUUGAGGACCCAGGAAGCUUCUUGUUGCCUUGCACCAUUGGGAAUUUGACCAUUACUAAAGCAAUGUGCGAUCUCGGAGCAAGUAUUAAUUUGAUACCAUCUUCCCUGGUGAAAAAGCUGCAUAUAGAGGAAGUCAAACCAGUACAAAUAUCUUUGGAGCUGGUAGGUAAGUCAAUGGUAUACCCCAGGGGUGUAAUUGAAAAUCUUUUGGUCAAGGUGGAUAGUUUUAUAUACCCUGCUGAUUUUGUGGUUCUGAAUUCAAAUGAGGAUGAUGGUGACUCGGUUAUACUGGGAAGGCCAUUCUUGGCCACAGCUAGAGCUAUCAUAGAUGUAGAGGAAGGGGAAUUAACUCUCAAGAUGCACGAUCAGAGUGUCACUCUAAAGGUAUUACCAGAGGCACAAUUUAGCAAGGAGAAGAAAGACUAUAUGAAAAGUGACAAGGGAGAAUCACAGUUGAAGGAAGAAAAUGAAAAGGAGAGUCACAGCAACAUCCCAAAGAUAAAAGUUGUGCAGACUGAUGAAGGAACCCAAGAGGAUAUUGGAGUGUUAGCCACUGAGAAGAGAGGUCCCCAAGGGAAGCCUACGACCAGAAAAGAAAGGUCAACAAAAGGAAAGAUGAAACGCAGAAACAAGACAAAAAUGGGUUGGAAGAAUAGAAAGAUUCCAACAGAAGGGCUUUCCAAAGGUGACAAAGUGCAACUAAUAUAUCAACAGCUGGGGACAAACCAACAAACUGAGGACUACUACACCGUCAGCAACAUACUCUCAUUAGAGCAUGCUGAAAUCGAACACCAGAGAACAAAGAAGAGGAUCACAGUCAGGGGAGACAAAUUGAGGCUCUACAAGCACCAACCACCAUAA